AUGGGAUCCAGAUUUCGCAGUCUCAAUCCCGUCUUCAGGUCAUACCUUCAUCGCAAUACUCUUCGCCCUUCAGCCUCUACUACUUUUGUGAAUCGCCCUUCCUCCGUUUGUUUACUCCCCGACCCUCCCCAGUCCAAAAUCCCCAUUCGCUGGCAUUUGGGCCACUCUCACUCCGACGCUCACCACCACCACGUCGGUCAUACUUCCGAUGCCUCUGCCGCCGGCCAGGAGGGUGAUAAAAUAUUCCGCCUCGGCUUGGCCGCUGAUAUUGGGUUGUCCCUCGGGAAGGCCUUUACUGGAUACCUCACCGGGAGUACCGCUAUCAUUGCCGAUGCCGCUCAUUCUAUCUCUGACGUGGUUCUUAGUGGAGUUGCCUUGUGGUCAUUCAGGGCUGGGAUGGCUCCUAGAGACAGAGAACAUCCUUAUGGACACGGUAAAUUUGAAAGCCUUGGUGCACUUGGAAUUUCUUCCAUGCUUCUGGUCACUGCUGGUGGCAUUGCUUGGCAUGCUUUUGAUGUACUUCAUGUUUUGGUGUCUGCUGCUCCUGUUGCGAUAGACCAUUCAUCUACCAUUGAAGGUCUGCAUAACAAUGCCCAUGGCGGGCAUCAUCAUGGGAUUGACAUGGAGCACCCAUUCCUUGCAUUGAGUAUGGCGGCUGUGUCCAUAUCAGUUAAAGAAGGACUGUACUGGAGAACAAAAAGAAUCGGGGAGAAAUUAGGCAGUGGACUCAUGAAAGCAAAUGCAUGGCAUCAUCGUGCAGAUGCCAUUUCCUCAGUUGUUGCUCUCAUCGGGGUUGGAGGAACCCUCCUUGGAAUUAAGUUCCUGGACCCCGUUGCUGGUCUGUUUGUCUCAGGCAUGAUACUGAAAGCUGGAUUACAGACUGGAUAUCAGAGCAUCUUGGAACUGGUGGAUGCUGCACUUCCUGCAGAACAUUUGGAACACACAAGACGAACGAUCCUACAAGUUCCAGGUGUUACAGGAUGUCAUCGAUUGCGGGGAAGAAGGGCUGGUUCGUAUCUGUUUUUAGAUGUUCAUAUAGAGGUUGAUCCUUUUUGUAGUGUUAGUGCUGCUCACGGGAUUGGUGAAAGUGUCCGCAAGGAAAUCCACACCUCCCAUCCUGAGAUAGCUGAGGUUUUCAUCCAUAUAGACCCUGCUUUUCUGGAGUCGCCACCCAAAAUGCAGAAAGGUCAAAGUACAUAUCUGGAGGACAAAGACGUUGAAGCUAUCAUAAACAGUAUUUUGUUAACGAAGUUUAAUGAGAACAUGAAGGUUGAACGGGUGACACGUCAUCUAAUCAAUGGCAAGAUUUUGCUUGAGAUUGAAGUUGAUAUGCCUGCGAAUAUCUUAAUCAGGGAUGCAAAGGUAGUAGCAGAAGAAGCAGAGAGAGAGAUCUUAAAGGAAACCUCGGAUGUCAGUCGAGUAUCCAUGCAGUUACGACUGGGUACCCCAAUGCCCAAAUUCACAACCGGGAAAGUGAAUGCCAUAUAUCGAGGGGCAUAG